GUUGAAUUUCGCGCAUAACUGGGUGAUUGUUUUGGGGCAAGUGGGUUAACAAAAGCCACAUGUUUUGGUGGACUACAGGUUGUCGACGAUGCCAAUUUAGAGACUAGGAAUUUGAACGCCUGGAUUAGUCCAUCAAGUCGAGGACAAUUUGCUUGCGAGCAAAGCGGAAGACUUCAAAAAGUGCAGGGGCUAACCUAUCCAAUGUGAAGGAAGCAUACGUGAUAGUAGUAGAUGAAGAGGCCCACGAGCGACUGGAACAGUUUACCAGCCUCCGGGAGAUCAAGGCGGUGGACAUGACCAAAGUCCCCAGGGAAUGUAAUGUCACUGACGAGAAUCCGGCUAAUCAGAGCCAAGUGGAGAUCAAUCACAUCUACACGUCGCAGUCUGAGGUGUUGCCAGAGCGGCCUGCACCCAGUUACCCAGUCCCGUCAGAUCUCCACCCAGGUGGUCUGCCUGAGUCCGAUUUAGGUAGUUACGUAGAGGCGAGUUCGGGGUCUUCUCAAACUGACCCAGGUGUAUACCCAAACCCUGCAAGUUCUAGCCUGAGCGAUCAUGGAAGCGAACAGCCAGAUAUGAAUGCGGUAAAGGAAAGGGAGAGUCCCUCCAAGGGAGAUAAACUGAAAAGGAAGAACAGAGUGUCAAAAUCAGCAGGUAGUAGCCUGGACUCUGGAGACUUCCAGGUUCAUGGAGUCACUGGUUCUUUUGACUCCACUGAUUCAAAUGGGCUCCAAGGCCCUUAUGUGGAAGGCUAUGAGGCAGAGUAUGACGUGGUGAACAGGGAGGACAUGAUGCCUGAGGAUGCGGGCCCUCAUAGAGAAAUGGCCGUGGAUUGCCCAGAGUCGUUUGUUGGGGCGUCUAAAGCACCGCCCAAGUACCCACCUCCUUCCACUCCUCAGGCUGCCCACACCAUGUCUCGAGUGCCUAACUCUCAUGAAUACUAUGAUUCGCAGGACAGCUCCUGGAGUGAGCAACUCACGGAUGCCUAUAGCUACACGAUGCCUGCAAGCAACAUGCAGCCCAAAGUGACAGCAGAUCAGCUGGAGCGGCUGCACCGCCACCAGGAGGAGCUCCGCAAACGGCGAGAGGAGGAGAGCCGUGUCAUGACCGAACAAGAAUUCUUACGGACUUCUUUACGAGGCUCUAAAAAGCUGCAGGCUUUAGAGUCAAGUAAGCGGCCACCUGUAGGUGUGGUGAAUGAUGCAUUUGAUGAAGACUCAAUUAGUUUAGGUAGAGAAGCAGAUGUGGAUGGCCAUGCCACCUUACCUAUACGUGGACAGAAGGAGGACCAGGGAUACAUGGUGAAAAACAUUGGUGUUGAUGAUAUGUUUGCUGCACUGAAUCACCUGAAAGCCAACACCUAUCCAGGGAAUGAGGAAGACAUAGCUGUAAUUUCACGAUUAUUCCAGAACCAGCAGUUUCAGAAUGCAGUCGAGGUCCAUCAGAAGGUGAUCUCUGCGACGUCUCAGUCGCCUCCCCUGAGGGCCGAGUCUAACCGUGCGAGGGAGACGGUGGGGGAUGUAAUCACAGUGCUGCACUCCUCAUCUUCACGUGACGCACAAGAACUCAAAGCCAUUCUCCAGGACCAUAAUUUUGCAAAUCUAAUGUUAGCACAGGACCGGAUUGCAGUGUUGGAGGCCCCAGGGGGCGAGUCCUUGCCUGAAGAUGACUUCAUGAACUACCCCCUGACACAGUAUGGGGAGGAGACCGUGAAAAUUGUACACCUGGAGAAAACCAAUGAACCUCUGGGAGCCACAGUGAGAAAUGAGGGAGAGAAUGUCAUCAUUGGUAGGAUAGUCAAGGGAGGAACAGCCGAAAAAAGUGGUUUACUACAUGAAGGCGAUGAGAUUCUUGAGAUAAAUGGUAUUGACAUGAGAGGCAAGAGUAUCAAUGAGGUCUCCGACAUGCUGGCUAAUAUGUCAGGAACCAUUACAUUCAUGAUCAUCCCCAACUCCACCCAGAUGAAUGGGGCUCAUCAACCCCUGACAGGGAGUGUGAUGCACGUAAAGGCCCACUUCAACUACGACCCUGAGGAGGACAUCUACAUUCCUUGUCGUGAGCUGGGCAUCUCGUUCAUGAAGGGUGAUGUUUUACAUGUUAUCAAUCAGGAGGACUGUAACUGGUGGCAGGCAUACAGGGAGGGAGAGGAGGAGCAGCACACCCUGGCAGGGCUCAUCCCCAGCAGGACAUUCCAGGAACAGAGAGAGGCCAUGAGGCAGACUGUUGUAGGGGACAGUCGGGAGAAUGAGAAAAAAGCCAGGAAAUGUGCCUGUGGAAAGAAAACCGAUAAGAAGAAGAAAAAGAAGGCUCUGUACACUGGAGGUCCAACUGAUGAGGCUACAGAAAUCCAAACGUACGAAGAGGUUGUUAAGUACUACCCUCAGCCAAAUCGCAAACGACCAAUAGUUUUGAUUGGUGCACCUAAUGUGGGUCGUCAUGAGUUACGACAGCGGCUGAUGGAGUCUGACUUUGACCGCUUUGCCGCUGCUAUCCCCCAUACAAGUCGACCUCUACUGGAAGGGGAAACCAAUGGAAAAGAUUACUACUUUGUGCCUAGGCAGAUCUUUGAGGCAGACAUCGUUGGGGGUAAAUUUAUUGAACAUGGGGAGUAUGAGAAGAAUCUCUAUGGUACGAGUUUGGGGGCAAUACGACAGGUGGUUAAUGCUGGCAAGAUCUGUGUCCUCAAUCUCGAUCCUGAGUGUCUGAGAACACUAAGGGCUUCAGAUCUGAAACCUUAUGUGAUCUUUGUGUAUCCGCCAAACCUGGAGAAAUUACGACUGAUCAGAAAGAAACUAGGAGGCAAUCUCUCUGAUGAAGAGCUGAAGGAAAUUAUAGAGAAGGCUCGAGAAAUGGAGGAGAAUUAUGGUCACUACUUUGAUUACAUUCUGGUCAACUCUGAUAUGGACAAGGCCUAUGAUGAGCUGUUAGCAGAGAUCAACAGGCUGGAGGUGGAGCCACAGUGGGUGCCUCGUGUGUGGCUGGACAAGUGAGGAGUUCUUCCCCUUAUCUAAGGAAUGGACUCCAAGAAAACUUUGCUGGUUUGGACUGUGUUACUUUAUUGAUAGGUGAUUCUUGAAGUGCUAUCAGCCAACCACAUAUUAGAAAAGGUUUGACAGAAAUAUAUGCUGGACACAAGUCUGGAUGGCCCAGCCUGAGGUCACAUGAACUCUAUUUUAACUGCAGAGGUGCUCUCCCUUUUUCACUCUUACUCAUCACACCAGACUGAACAAUUCUGUUAUGCAUGAUUUGUAUUUUUUUUUUGAUGGAAUGCACGAUUUAAAUGUGACUAACACAGUAGAGAGAUGUAACUUCUUGCCUGACCCAGUGGCUAUUUGGCCAGGUGUAAUCACACAGUUGAGCACUCUUUAUUAUUAUUGUGAUAGUUAAGUCAUGAACACUACUAAUGGAGUGCGACAGCUUUAUUACAAUGUAUUAUUUUGUAUAAUAGAUAAAGCAUUCAGGCAGCCAUGUCAGCAAGCCUAAUCUAGUAAAACAUAGGUUGAGGUUAUUACAUUUCAGUUUCUAAAUCUUGCUAAUAAUAUUUCGCAGUGCUUAAAUAACAACAGUGUGUUAGGUGAAAAUUUCACUUGACACUCGAUUCAGAGUUUCGUCAUACAUGAUGCCAUACCACAAGCAACAGACACCUUCGACAUACCCAUACAGUGUUCAUUUAGGCACAUUAUGUAGUCCUGUCAAAAGUCUUACAGAUUCUGAUAGAUCUGAAAUGCAACUAAAUACUGCUGAUGCCAGUUUUUGCAGGACUUUUUGGAUAUGCAGAUUGAAGGCUGUGACCAAAACUCAGCAACCUUGAUCUUUUUUAAAGUUGAAGUUUCAGACAACUAUUCAUUAGUAGACAAACUGUGUGGUAAAAUCAUCUCUGUGGAGCUGAUUACCAGCAAGUAUUUUUAAAUAUUGCGUAGAUGGCUAUGAAUUUUCAAAAUCUGUUUUAAAUUUUCACUUUUUAUUCUGGUAAAUUUCAGUUUUGAGUUCUACCAGAUUACUGCCAACUGAGUCAAACGCUUAAAAUGAAGAUUAAUGCAUUAAUAGUGCUGAUGGAACUCUCCUUAGCAGAUUACUAGCAUGUUUAUGCUUUUGCCAAUAUUGUUUACUGAUUGUACUGAAGAUGUUCAAAAGCAACAACCAAGCGUCAAUGCACAGAGGUAAUCACCUUAUAUAUCUACUCAAAUUAUGCAAGUAUGUUUAAUUUCGUAUAAGGUAACACAGUAUGUUUUGAUGUAAGCUAAGUGGCCUUUCUACUCCAAAAGAUUAGUGCUUAAGAAGAAAUACAAUGUCCAUUGUAUAGUCUAAUGCAAGUACUUUGUGGAGGUACGUGUAAAUAGGUUUAUGAUAGUUACUCAAACUGGUAUGUGUACAUAUU